AAUAAUGAAAUAUUAUCUUCAAAGAAGCGGUAUCCACAGUGGUGUCUGCUACUGUUGUUGAACGAAACGCUCUGUUUAUAAAAUAAUUAUUUUGUUGACAUAUGAAAAUAUUGUCACGUCUGGAUUAUCACCUACACUAAAUAAUUUGGGGAACUGAUGUCAUUAAUAAUAUACAAUGUUAAAAACACUUCGAAACUGCGUUUUCUGGAAAUCAACUUUAUAAAUGUUGAAUAGAAAACAUCAGUCACAAUGGACCGUGGCAAAGCAGGAAUUGGUAGAGGUGCAAAGAGUAAAAUUGCUCAACAUCCUUCUGACUUGUUUGCACUUGGAUCUAAAGGGUCACGUAAUGAAAGUUCAGAUACUAAAAGACCAGGCGUUAUUCAUUGUAAACCUAGUACUAGUUCUUCUACUUCUGGGAAUGAUAGGAAAAAAGAAGCACCAUCAGGAUCAGUUCCACCUUAUCAAUAUAUUCCACCAAAGAAACCAAAGCUUGCAACUCAUGUCUCUCAUCCAAGACCACCAUUCUCAAGCGCAGAGGCUUGGGAAUUAGUAGCCAUAGACAUUGAUCCAGCGGAUUUUGUUCCAAUGGUUCUAGAAGCUAAUGACAAUGAUGAAGGAGACAAAGUUAUAGGACUUAUUUGUGGUGCAAUUAAAACACUUAAAAAUCAAAAAUGGAAGCCAGAUACAUUAAUUUACAUGGGGUUAUUGUAUUUAGCAAAAAUUCGUGCCUCUAUUUUUUCACAUGAUUGCAUAUUACAUGCACUUUCAUCAUUGCUGAAACGAGACCAAGCACACAAUUAUAAAUCUAAGGGAAAUCCAUUGGUUCCUGUCCUUGCAGCCAAUCUGUUAAUGAGAGGAUUUCAUGAUAAAAGAAAUUGGCCAGAGAUUUUUGUUAAGUUAUAUAUUGAGGAUGCUUUAGGUGAAAGAGUAUGGAUAGAUCACGAAGAAUGUAAAGGUUUCGUCGAUAAUAUUUUAUCAGGAUUUAAUACGCGACAUCCACCAAAAAGCGUCUUACAACCAGAACUAUCUGUUUUAACACCACGCGAUUGUCAUAGUCCAUCUACAAUAGAUGAUGAAGACCCAGGAUCUUCUUCAGCACAAUUUUCUGGGGAUAAAGAAAAGAUAGACUUCCCAGUGACACCUAGAUAUGCUCAUUGUAUAGAAAAUAUAGAGUUUAUCGUGCUUGAAGCUAUAAAAGAACAACUAAACAGAAGGCAACCAGAGUCAAUUACCAAGAACUUCUUAAAGUUACUUUCUUCAGCCUGUGGUUUUGUAGAUAUACGUAAUACUGCUGUCCCUAGAUUAGAAAUGUGGUUGCACAAUCCUAAACUGAUGAGACCUGCUCAAGAAUUACUGAGCUACAUUUGUUACAAUUGUACUUCUCAUACACAAAGGGAUGUGGAAGUUAUAAGUCAAUUAGUAAAGAUGAGGUUGAAGACUAAGGCUGUAAUUAAUUUAUACUUAAAUGGUGUAAAAGAACUAAUUGGUUUACAUCCAGAAAACUUAGCUACUAUUUUGAAACAUACAAUUUACAAUGAAUUAUCGAAUGCACGAAAUCCAAAUAAUAUGCCAAUGUUAGGCGUGAUGUUUCAAACUCUGCCUGAACAGUCGGCUAAACUACUUGCGGAAAUAUUUCAAGAUUUAUUAAUGAAUCGGGAGGAUUACCUACGACCUUUACGUGCCUUGCUCAGAGAAAUAGUACGUGUCUGCCGACACGAUAUCAAUUUAAUUACUUUCGCUCGCACACUGAUGUCCGAGAGACAGGACAUAGCGCAACAGUUACUUAACUUUGAAUUCAAAGAACGAGUUUUCAUAAACAUUGCAGAUUUACUAUGUUUAUGUAUGUUGUUAGCCAUCAGUCCACAAGUUAAGGAAGCUGCGGCCCUGGCGCAGAGAGGCGAUAAAAAAGACAUAGCUUUGUUACAUCACUUUCAAAAUAUGGUGGCAACAAUUCAAUUUGAAGCUGUAAUGUGGUUGCAGAAUUUAGCUCCACAGAUGUAUGCCAUUGGUAGAAACGAACUUCUUCAUGCUUUACAGAAAAUUUUACUACUCGAAUCACCAGAGCAUUAUUAUAAGUUGGACAAUUGGCCACCUGAAUCGGAUAGAGUGUUUUAUUUGCGACUGACUUCUGACGUCCCUUUAUUACAGAACACACUAUUGAGAUUGUUAUUAAUUGGUUAUUCAAAAGAAAAUGGUAUCAGUCAUGCUGAAACUCUAGAUCUGGUAGAUCAAUUGAUACGAAGAGCGGCGGCUAAUUCAUCUGAAAGUUUUCCAACUUUACAAGCAGAUAAAUUAGAUAUAAUUGAACUGAUCUUUAAUCUUUGUAUCUAUCAGCCUCCGGGAACUAUAAAUAUACCAUCCAGUUAUGUACCGCCAACAUUGGCUAUAUCGAAUCUAUACUGGAAAGGGUGGAUAAUGUUAUUGAUAUUAGCUGCCCAUAAUCCAUCCACUAUUGGUGCUGUUGCGUGGAAGCGGUACCCUAUUUUAAGAACCCUCAUGGAAAUGUGUAUAACUAAUCACUUUUCAUAUCCUCCACCGACGAUGGCUUUACCAGAGGUCAUAGAACAAGAACGUUCGAAAGAAUUACAAGUCGAAGCUAUUGAGAAACAAGAAAUACUCGAGUAUGAAUCUCAUUUGGCAGCUGCUUCGACAAGGAUACAGAUAUCGGAGCAAACUAGCUUGCUAUUAUCACAAUUAAUCACCAUGGAACCAACCGGUAUUGCAAGGAGGCCGCCUCCAGCAGUAUUAGAACAAAUACAGUCAUUGAACGUGUCUCACAGAUUAGGACAUUUACUUUGUCGGUCUCGAAAACCAGAUUUUCUGUUGGACAUAAUACAAAGGCAACAGCAAAGUUCAUCGCAAAGCAUGCCUUGGUUGGCUGAUCUUGUUCAAAGUAGCGAAGGUUCACUUAGUCAAUUGCCCGUACAAUGCCUUUGCGAGUUUUUAUUAUCUACCAGUUCCCAAGCAGUAGAGAAACAGUCGAGACAACAACAGUUGUUGGCCCAUCUUCAGAUGUUGUUAACCGAUCCAGAACAAGAUCGACAACACGCUUACGAAGUAUUAGAAUACUUUUUAAGAAGACUGAGUAGUCAGCAAACAAAUAGUCGUCUCCAAGCAAUUACUGGCCUAAAGAUGGUACUUGGAUCUAUACCCACCGAAGAAGAGCCCAUGGACAUAGACAACGAGAACGAAAAGGAGAUCUGGCUUCUUCGCAAAUUACCAUCUAUACCGCAUUUCUUAUCUGUACGAACUUUGGUCUCCACUGCUCUUCGCGGAGCUUGCCAAGUUGAAAACAAUCCAGAUCUUGUUCACGCUUACAUAUCGUACCUUGCUGCCCACACUACCGACGAUGAACUGCCAGAGUUAACUGAUCUGGCGAACGAGAUAUCUCAGCUGGUAGUUGAGCGUAGUACGAUUAUAGCGGCCAUUUUGCCGCAAAACGAAUGCGAUAAUCCACAAGCUAAACAAACUCUUCAUGCUUUCAUGGCAAUUUUCUGUAAUUAUUUGGAGAAAGCUCGAUCCCCUAGAGGAGAGGAAUACACGUGGUCGGAAAGCCAGGAUCAGAUAUUGGUUCAAUGGAGUACAGGAGAAGAAUGCACUAUGCAUAUUUUAGUCGUCCACGCGAUGAUCAUUCUGUUGACAUAUGACUCAUUCGACGACGAUGUAUUGUUUAAUGUUCUUCUUGAGACAUGGUUCCCAGUGAACGCAGAACCUCCAAAAGCUUUUCUGGUGGAUACCAGCGAGGAAGCUCUACUUAUACCAGAUUGGUUGAAACUGAGAAUGAUCAGGAGCAAUGUGCCACGUUUGGUGGAUGCGGCUCUUAAGGAUCUAGAACCACAACAAUUGGUUCUGUUCAUUCAAAGCUUUGGAAUUCCUGUACCUUCGAUGAGCAAAUUGCUUCACACUCUGGACGCAGGGGUGCAAAUCGAUCCAGAUUCUGUUGGUGAAGCGGUGCUUGAUAAAACGUACAUGGCACAAUUGGUUGAAGUUCAACAUAGAAGAGGUGCCACUGGUGGACUGGUGUUUGUACAAGUUUUGCAAUUAAUGGAGCCGCAAUUACCUGAUGAGAACCCAGUAACCAUUGGACAGUUACAAGAACCAUUGCCUCCUAGUGCUAUGGUUCAGAAACAAUCCGUUAUUCAGUGUUCUGUUAAAACGGAUGUACCUCAUUUGAUCAAUAGGUUGUUUAUAGAAAAUAUAUCGAUGAGCCAGAAGAUGGACGCGUAUCGUCGAUUGCAUAAAACAUUAGCGAAGGACUUACAAAAAUCUGCGAAAGAGAGUGGCGCGGUCGUAUUGGCCAUACAACACAUAUGCAGUGUAUUGAGUUCGAUGCAAGUGAAACAGUUCUUGGCCUCCCUUGUUCACAUGCCACAGUACUCGUGCACGUUAAUGCGGAUAAUACUGUUGCCUCUGAAGAAAUCUUCUACUUCCAAACAAGUGGUAGAAUUGGCACGCAACAUGUGUUUAAAUUUAAUUCAACUGAUAGGGGAUGUAAAGGCACCAGUUCUAUCGAUUUUACGAGACUUUGCGAACGUACAACUGACCAAAACACCGAAGACUGUGGAGUUGACGAUGUUGAUGCAAACUCGUGACCUUGGGUCUAUCUUGGAGAGUACGGAUCCUGUUAAUCUAGAGGCUGUUGGACGCAAAUUGUUGGACAUUUGUUUCAAGCAACAAAAGACCGAUAUUCUUGUCGAGGCUAUGGCGAGGUUAUUAGUAAAUGAUAGUAAUGAAGGUGUUCGAAGGCCAAGGACGGGCUUGCUGAUAGAUUGGCUAGCUUCUGUAGAACCAGAAUUGAUUGGCACGUGCCCUAAUCUGCAAAUGAAGCUUCUCUUCGGGAAAACAAAGAUACAAAUGAAAGUUGACAAUAAUGUAGUCAGUUCCCACUCUUUUAGGCCUUACUUAUUGACUUUGUUAACGCAUAGAGCAAGUUGGGCGACCUUGUACAAAUGCGUCGGACACUUGUUAGAUAAAUGCGACGAUGGAUAUGACCCGACGGCUGUGUUAGAUUUUCUUUGGGCUUUAACAUGCAAUCCGAAACUUUGGCAAGGAAGAGACAAAUUUACGCCGAAACACUAUGUCCCAGAAAAUAUUUUACUUCUGCGCGAAAAACAACUGUUAACGCUUGUGACUUAUAUAGUUGCUGAAGCUAUCAUCAUUUGUAAUUGUCAUAGCAGAAAUGCUGCUUUAGCUAGGAUGGAUUCUCGUCUGGAUUUAUUAUUACAUUGCAUUUCGACGGACGAUCAUCUGAUAUCCAGUGUUGUUAGAUAUUUGGCUGAUCGCAUGAUGAAUGAUCCAGACGUGGACUCUGACAUGGCACACCAGUUUUUGUUACAUAUGUACAUGAAGAUACCCAAGGUGAUCUGUUAUUUAGACACUUUCCAAACGAAAAAGUUUGUUGAGGGAGCAAGAAUUACUGACUGGACAGGUUCUGUGUUGGAUUGUAUGAGCCAUUCUCUAUUAACGGCCUUGGCAGCGACACCGAGACAGAAGUCAUGGAACUCUAGGUCUCAAGAGUUUGAGAUGUGUGCUAGAAAAAUGGCUGCCGUUCAUCCAAUUCUAGUGUUAAGACAGCUACCAAUGCUAGCAUCAUCUUUAAUGGGCAGAUAUUAUUUGGACUUCGGUCAGUUUAGAUCCGGCCAUCAUUUGAAUCUCUUCAUACAGAUAAUGGGUCUGUUAGAAUUAUUGCAGCCUCAUUUGUUCAGAGAAGAACAUCGGAGUGCUCUGGAGGAUACAUUAGAGAACUACUUCCAAUGUUUUCAAAAUUAUGGGCCAAUAAAAGAACUCAUACCACUGUUAAAUAGAUUUAUCACGUUACUGCAAGCAUAUAUAUCUUACGAUCCGCAACGAGCAUUGAAAUAUUUGCAGAAGCAUGCUCAACCUCUUCAUGAAUUACAGGUACACUAUCCAAAUCUAGUUACCCUUCGUACACUCGUAUCAGGAAUUCCAUUGCCAAGAGAAGGAGAAGAUGUGGAGGAAGUUUUAAUUACGGUACCUCCUACUCCACCGCCUACAGAAACCAUUAUCCCACAACAUUGGACCUCAUUGUUGUCUGCUCUGAGCAAACUACAUGGUGACGACGUGUUUAAUGCUCUUCAAGAAAUUGAGCAUUUGUCGUCCCGGAAACCUUCAGUUUUAGAACCCAUAACGGAUAAUAUAGUUGAUUUACUUGUGUCUCCUCAGGGUAACAUAAGAACACUUGCUCAUACUUUACUAGCAAGAAUACUGAAAUAUCGUCCAUCAACAAAUGCAAAUAUACUGUCCGCCUUUCAAAGGUGUUUGGACAGUCCUAGGGCCGAUGUACUAAUGUCGGCUCUAGAAAAAUUGCCAGAAGUUGUACUAUGUAUGCAAGAACAUGCUCUACCAUUGAUGCAGAAGGUAUUUGAAUUAGGAGUAAACUCAAAUGUGAAUACAAUACCGUAUAUAACUAAAACCAUUGCUCUGUUAAAUACACAGCAAGGUUGUUAGUACCAUG